GGACUUUGUGGAGGUCAGGGGGUGGCCGUGGAGCUGCGAGUCUCGCGCUUUUAUGCGAACCUUUCUUUUCAGGCCGCAGUCUGGUCUGGGGCCUGCCUUAGAUUCUGCCUCCGACACUUGGUAGCGCGGAGACUCCGUGGCAGCUCCGGACAAGGGGUGGAUUCAAUGCAGCGCCCUCCCCUGUCCCGCACCUGUUAGCGCAGGGCCUGGCAAACACUGGCUGCCUCUUACCUGUUCACUGAGCGCUGCGUUAGGAGGGUUUGCACCGUAUGAAGCCCUGAGUCCAGGCCUCCUCCUCCCCCAAUGCCUAAGAUUCAGCUCUCCUGAGUUUCCCUACUCACAUAUUAUUCUUUGAUCAACGUGACCCAGAGGAUCAAGCCCUGGACUUGGGGAAGAAGGUGACGCUGAUGGGCCCGUUGCCGGGCGCCGAGUUAGUUCAGAAGCCGCUGCAGCUGUACCGUUACUUGCUGCGCUGCUGUCGCCAGCUGCCCACCAAGAACAUCCAGGAGCACUAUAAGCAUGCCGUCAGACAGAGUUUCCGAGUCCAUGCAGAUGAAGACAACCCUGAAAGGAUCCAACAGAUUAUCAGAAGAGCUAUUGAAGACGCCGAUUGGGUCAUGAAGAAGUAUCAGAAGCAAAACUAAAACACUUCCAAGGACUCUGGGGCCCAGAGAGCAAAACCUGGGUGCCGACAAUGGCGGCUCUGAGAUGCCGGCAGCGCUGGGAUGCCCCAUCGGAGACACCUGUGAAUACAGAGAAGCCCGGCUGACCCGGUGCCGGCUGAAGGGGAGACGCCUCCAAAGCCACGCUCGCGGGUUCAGCCUCCUUCGUGCCUGGCGUGGCUUUGGGCUGCAGCUGCCUCCGGGGCCACUCAGGGGAGGGAGUUUGCAACUUCAUCCCUAAAUUUGGCUGCCUACAUUUGCUCCUCAAACUCUUAUCAGCAAUCUAGUUAGAAACAAGGAGACAAGUAUUUAUUGAACGUCUCUUGUGUGCCAACCACUGUACUAGGGAGGAGAAAAGAGAAUUAGAAAGCUCUUGCCUUUCUUUCCCUCAUCCCUAGUGAUUAGCACAGUGCCCGGCAUAAAGUAGACCCUUAAUAAAUGCUUAUUGAUUGACUGACUGAUGUCAGAGUCAGUAAUUCUUCCAUUCUAAUCCUUGUAUGCAUGUUUGUGUGUCUUCCCCUAAAGAACCCAGGUUUUCUACCUCAUGUCCUCCCACCCAGAAGAAGGGAUAUCGAAGCAAGGAAAGAGACAGGUUGCCAAGGGCAGCAAGAGCUGAGAGAGAGAAGGAAAGAGAUGGAGGAAGGAUUUAGAAGCAGCAUGAGUGCACCAGUCAUUUCUGUGUGUCCCAUUUAGAAAGACUUGGCUUUUCCAAGCUUUUUUCUCAGUUGAAUCUCACGACAGCCCUACGAGAGAAGGGGGGCAGGUCUCUCCAUUUAACAGAGAAAAAAAAUGGGACUUGGUUAAACAAUUUGUUUGGGGAGGUUUUGAAUGAGUUUCUCCCAGUAAGUGUUUUUUUCCUUCAUUUAUUCAUACUCUCAUGUAUCCAUAUAAUGUGAUUUUAUUAAAUAGCGUACAAGUGAAGUUGUAAAUGAGUUAGAUUAGAUAUUAAAACAAAAUUAGUCCCCCUUGCUUUAUCGACCCUGCAGGAAAACACUUAUUGCUGAUCAUUGAAUAUGGAAUUAAGACUGAGAGUUGAAUUCUUAAUCUUUUUUAUGUCUUGGACUCCUUUGGCAGCAGGUUGGUCCCCUUUUCGGAAAUAAUUUUUAAAAGCAUAAAUAAAAUACAUAGGACUACAAAGGAAACUGAUUAUACUGAAAUAGUUACCAAAAUAUUUUUAAAAAUCAAGUUCAUGAAUUCCCAAGUUAAGUGCUCCUGACUUAGGGGGCUAUCAUCAAAUUACAGACACUAGUUUGCUGGAUUUUGGGGUUGAGUGGGUGAUGCACUAUGGAUUAUUUAUUUCAUUUUUUUAAAGCUUCAUCAGUUUGGGGACUCUCCUGCAUGGAAACUCUUUCCCCUGAUGCACAUGAACACUACCUCUGUAACUGGGGUCUUAAAGAAUUAUUCGGAGAGCAGUGAGAGAAGUGAAGUGACUUGUCUAGGAUUACACAUCCAGUGUGGGUUAGAGGCAAUACUUGUACCCAGGUCUUCUCAGUCUCAUGCAUUUGAACUCAUAGUGUAGAAGCUGUUUCAGACAUAUCUUCCAGGCAUGAGACUGGGUUCUUCACCGUGGCAGCUGUGUGACAGCACCCUGAAACCCCUUUUCUCCCUCCUUCCCCUCCCCCCCAGCCAAAACACCCAUACUUCAUCUUUUGCUGGAAUUGUAUGACUCUAACUUAUUCUAACAAACCCUCCUAUGUGAAAGGGGGUGGGGGGAGGAAAAGGAGAGGAGGAGGUAAAGAGAAAGGUCACUUAAUUUAAUAGGUGUCAGCCUAGAAGUUCACCUGAGAUGCAGGUCCUUAGUCUUUUGUGAAUCAUGGACCGUUUAGCACCAGUCUGGUGAAACUUAUGGACCCUUUUAUAUAUAUUUUUAGUAAUGCUUUUAAAUGUAUAAAAACACAAGAUUGCAGUGAAAAACAGUUCUAUUGAAAUUAUUACCAAAAUGUUUUUUUUCCAUCUAUAUUUAUGUAUUCCUGAAAUUUAUCCAUAAUUAAGUGCUUCUGAUCUAAAAUAUAAUUAAUUGGGGUUAAUUAACACCCAAUCUGGAAACUCUUACCUAAGGAACUGAAUAUUUGGAGUGAUGAAAGAACAAGAGGUUUUGGAUUCUGGCUCCUUUGGCAAGAGGCAGAAGGGAAAAACAAUGAAAAUCCCUUGUUGCCUUUUUUUUUUUUAAAUAGGGUACAUUGAUGCCCUUUGUUUUCAAUAUCAGUCCUUUUGAGAAAUGCCUUUCCCGUUCUCCCCAUAAUUUAAAAGCAUUAAUAGAAAAUAUCUAAAACAAUGGCCUCAUUGAUAGUGUAUUCAACAUUCUGCUCCAGUAGUCUCCAGUCUGAGAUUACUUCCCAUUUAUAACAAAUGUGUAUCUUGUGUGUUUGUAUGUUGUCUCCCCUAUUAGCGCUCCUUGAGGGCAGGGAUGUUGUGUGUGUGUGUGUGUGUGUGUGUGUGUGUGUGUAUGUAUAUAUAUAUAUAUAUAUAUAUACAUACACACACACAUUUUAUAUAUAUAAAAUCAUUAUUUUUGCCUUUGUUUAUGUCCCUGCACUUAGCACAGUGCCUGGCAAAGAGUAAGGGCUUAAAUGCUUAUUGACUGACUUGUCAUUGAGGACCAGCAUGACUGUCUCAUUUGUGAGGAUCACAGAGAGUAGAUUUAGAGGCAAGACAGUUUACCUUAAUUUCAGUCAUGAUGGAGCUGAAUAAGUCAUGUAGCCAAGGUCCUCCUUUUACAGCAGAGGAAAUUAAGUACCCCUGCUUUGAGUGUCCAGAAGUAUUGGUCGUGGCACUUGACUUUUCACCAGCUGCACAGUAGCUCCUUCAGUGUCAUGUUCAAUGCAAAAGCUGGUGAAGAUGCCAUUUUGAAAGGUCUACAGUCAUUUUCUGAAGAGCACAUAGUAACAUAAUCCAUACCUAGGUGAAUCGUGGUUAUUUAGCAACCCACAUGAACAAAAAAAAUGGCAGUUUUGACAGUUUGAGAAUCUACUCGUGGAGUUAUGUGGGUGGAUGUAUGGAGUUAUAGCUGUGACAUAAAAGGAAGAGAAGAAAUUUGACAAGCCACCAAACAAAGUAGGAGAGGGAAUGGAAGAACUGCCAUGGUGAUAUUGGAAGAUUAAAGUGAUUGACAGCCAUCCUUUAAUGACCAUUGAACCAUAGCUGAUGCACCUGAUUGGGUAUGACAUAAAAGGAAUAGCAGGUGAUGAAGAUUCACUUUAAAGAAGUCUAAAAUUCUGUGUUCAAAGCAGUUGAGAUAUAUUUUUGUGUUCAGUAGAGAUAACUUGGGGUUUCUUUAGCUAAGAGGGCCAGUGGGAAGGAAGGUAACGCCAGCAAAGAAAUCCAGAUUCUGAAGGGGGAGGUGAAAGUGUGUUCUCUGAAACAGUCACAUUGGAGCCUAAGAUUAUAGGUAGAGGUUUACUAAAUGAUGAUUAAUUAGUGGAAGAAAUACAUGUGUAAGAUGUGGUUUUGUCUUUACAAUCCUGGAGAGCUCCAUCAGUUUCCAAAAAAGUACCGUCUUCCAGUACUGAAGGAAAUAAGGUCAAAGAAGAGAGAAUGAUUAUAUGAUGAAUAGUUUGACAGCUGCUCCCAUUCCUCCAGCCCCACAGGAAAAUGCUACAAGGGAAUUUUCUCAGACUGAUUCUUGACCUUUUGGUGAAAGGAGUGAAACAGGUUGGAAAUUAUUUUACACAGAACAACUAUAUCCAUUUGAAGUUCAAUGAAAAACAGUGUAUCUGGCUUUAUUGUCCUAUGAAAUUCUCAAAGGAAAUUCUGUAUCAGUCUCCAUGUGUGACAUUGUGGGUAUUUUUACAUUGUCUGGGAAAAAAUAGUCACGUAAUUCAUAUCUAGAAGAAUCAUUUGCUUGCAUAUUGCCACCUUAAACUCAAAAUAAAUUACUAUUGCAUAAUAAGAUUAUUAUGGAUUCUUCAUCUGGAAUCCAUGAGUCAUCCCCCCUUCAUCCCCCUCCAAAAAAAGAAUUUAUGAAUAGGUUGGUGGGGGGUAUGAAUUUGAAUAGGAGAAAAACUUGGUUUCCUUUGUAAGCCUAUGUCAGUUAUGUGGUAUAUUUUAAAACAUUCUGAAAAAGAGUGCAUAGAUUUGGUAAAAGAGUCCAAGACACCAAAAAUGAUUGAACCCUUGCUCUAAAAUGAUUUUGCAACUAAUUAUACUAUUGUUUGUGAAUUCUUUUUUAAAAAAUUAGUUUUAAUUCAAAAGAUAAAUGAAAAAUGUCCUCCAUUUUGAUUGAAUUUUUUUGAAAGUCGAUUCUAAUUUAAUGUAUUUAGCAUAUUUAAUGUCCUUAAAUUCAGUAUAUUUAACUUAGAAUGUGAUUCUUAUCUUUUUCUGUUUUAGGUUGUCAUGGAACUUUGUCUAUAAGAUGGACUAGUCAGGGGAGUAGGAGGAAGUGGAGACAUCUUAAGUUGUUUCAUUUCCUUUUUUUUUUUUUUUUUUUUUUUAAACUUUGAUCUUAAGAGAUGUCCAAAAACAGAUUUUUCUUUUCCAAAAGUUUGAGAAAUGCGGGUUUCUGUUUGAGAAAUUGGGUUAAAGGAGAAUUUAGGGUGAAUAAUAGUGCUUCCAUGGUUUUGAAAAAUUUGCUCUCUAUUCUUUAGUUCUGAAAAAAACAAGCUUAUAGCUUGUGUUAUUGUGAUUCUGAAUAUGUAGUUAGUUUCAUUAAUCAUUGAUAAUACAAAUAUUUCCUGCCCCCACCCCAUCUGUCUCAUAUGCUUUUACAUUUUUCUUGUAAACUUGACCUGAACUUAGCUACUUCUCCUUUGGCCCAAUCAUAUUGAAAGUCCAAGUCUGUUCUCUUUUCCACUCUGAUAGGAGUUAGUGAGAAGAGCUCUCUGUACUCUCUUGCCUCAUCCACACAUUUACAGUAGUACAUUUAUUUUACUGAGAUACUGUGACUUAGGUUUAUGUAGAAGACGACAGUACAGCAAAAAUCAUCUUACACUUUGGUAAAUCUUUUAAGAAAUAGUCUUUCCAGUUUGGCAGUUCAUGGGUGACAGUACAAAUUCAAUUAAAUUUGUUGGAAUUUCAGAGUUAAGCUUUUUUUUCUCUUGGCUAUAUUGAUAUAUAUAUUUUUUGUAACGAAAAAAAAAAAAAAAAAAAAAGAUUAUUUGCCAGUGGAACCAGUUCAUUUAUGGUAAGUUAGCUAUAAGCCAAGAAUCCUGGAAUCCACAGACUUCUAAAAAGUCAGUGGGUAGAUUUCAAUAAACUUGGGAUGGAAAAUCACAUCAUUAUUUUCAUUAACUUCAAAUUGAAAUUCAACAUUAAAAAAAAAUUGAACUUAGGGUCUGUAGGCUUCAUGAGAUUGCCAAAGUGCUCCACAACACAGCUUUGCUUUAAGAUCAUUUAAAAUGAGAUAUUUGGUAUUGCUUCUGUGUCUAUGGAGUGGGGGGGAAAUCACUUUUUGGAAUAUUUGAGGGAAAUAUCUUUUAAAAGCAUCAUUCUUCCAAGAUUCAGCCUUUAUUUCAGAAUAUAAUUUCUUUUAAAGGCAUGGUGUUUAAUUUCUCGAUAUAUUGGGGCAAAAAAGGAGAGAGAAUAUGUUAAUUGUUCCCAUAGAUAAAUAUAUAGCAUAAAACAUGAUGUAACUAGAACUGUCUUUAACUUAGAAAUACUUUUUGUCGUGUUGUUUGUAUAUAAAACAUGUUUUGGACAGCCUUUGUAAAUGAAUAAGCAUGUCUGAGAAUGCUUACAGAACAAAGGCUGGGUAUAAUGUUUACAUAUAUAUUGCUAUGUAGACAUUAUUGAUACACACACAUACAAAUUAUACACACAUAAUAUGUCAUGAUGACAUACUAAUGCUGAAAUGGUGUUUGAAUUCUAAGAGUGGAA